AAACUUUCCUGCAAGUCCCAUGACAGAUGACGUCACCAGGAAUGCGGGGCAUUGAUGGAUUGACCUGGAUAACGAGAGAGAAAAAUAAAGUCUGUGACAAACAAUAACGAGAGAUUGAUUGCGGGGAUUAACUGUCGGGUGUCGGGAUCAUUUAUUUCAGCCGCCAUGUCUGUGCUAUUUUGCUGCCGCUGUGUUUUUCCAUCCGAAGACACCGACGAGAGACAGCCCCUACUGCAACCCAAGCUUCCAGAAUCAGAGAAGCCAGUUUCGGCCAGACAGCCUCGACCAGCACCCACAGUGAGUCGGAGUGGUCAGUUGGUCCCGAAGCGUGUGGGUGUGAAGGACUUGGACCAGCGGUUCUCUGAUGUGACCGAGACAUUCAACCAACAACAUGAGAGCUAUAAUGUCAUGAAGGAACGUAUCAUAUCUCUUCGCCGCACUUACAACUGUAGCAACGACAGCACCCUGACUCUGACCGAGUGUGUGAGGAAGAUCAAGGAGGAAUACGAGGACAGCUACAGGGUAACCGUGGUGAUAAAGGGGUAUGACUUCUCUCUCUCUGUGGUUCCGCUGAGGUCUGUGGAUGAGGGAGAGAAGUCUCUGCCUCGCCUACUCCGGUUGGCUCAGGAUGAGCUCAGGGGCUUUUCCCAGGGCGCCAUAGCAAUUGUCGCUGCCGGGACCAAGCUCCAGGUGCUGAUAGACUGGCUGCUUAGUCGGGGGGAGCGAAUGGCGGAGCAGGUCAGGGAGGUGGCACCAACUCAUCAGGAGCACUGUAGGCUGGAGGAGAACCUGAUUGAGACCAUGCAGGAAGUGAGAAGGGUGAGGGAGCUUUCGCUAGGGUACUGCCAGCAGGCUAGAGAGAUCCAAACUGAGGCUGCACAGAUAGCAGGGCUGGCCUGACACAUACAUACAGACACACUCUGGUAACACUGAAUCUAUAAAUGUCACAUUUAAAUCUUAUGGGAAUUAAUUUAGGCUAUUUUUACCAUCAUGUAAAAGCACACUAUGGACCUACACUGUUACACAACACACUAGAUAGUAUUUCAGUAUUACAUAGUGAGUAUGUCUAUAAAGAUGUUAGAGAAAUUAGCUGUGAUAUAUCCUAAUGUAUUCUGGACAGGAAUUCCUCAUCUAAAUUCUAAUCUAAUCAAACACUGUGUUGAUUAAACCACUGUCAAUGUUAGAUAUCAUGUUAGUGUCUUAAGGUUUGAAUGAAUAUGUUUGAGUGACAUACAGUAGUUGAGUAUUAAACAUUUUUAUUCCACACAUCACAACCACUUAGCACACAGAGACUCCUUACUGGUACUGACUAGACCCUGCAGCAGGAGAAGGGGAUGGAGGAAGGGGUAGGGAGAGACUGCGUGGGGGGUUAGGGGUGGGAGAGAGCGAGAGAGAUGUGCGUGUGUGUUAAGAGGGAAAAAAGGGAGAUGAGAGGAUGGAAGAAAAAGCUUUGCUACUGAUAUGUUGCUGCUGUAGUGUGGGCUAGGACAUGCCAGUCAAUAACUUACAUAAUGUAUUAGCUCAAAUGUUAAGUACUGCAAUUAUCUGAAGGCCCACUGUUUUUAUGCAUCCAUAACCUUUUGCAUGGCCAUUAGCUAUGCACCUCAUACUGAGACUGGCAGUCAGUCUUUUCCCAGGUUAAUUAUUAUGUCAACCUUAUAUAAUUAAGCAAUAAGGCCCAUACCACAGCUAAGGGCUGCUCUUUCAUUUGAGUCAUUUAGCAGAUGCUGUUAUCCAGAGUGAUUUACAUGAGCAAUUAGGGUUAAAUACCUUGGCCAAUGGCACAUCAACAUAUGUUUCACCCAGUUGGCUUGGGGAUUCAAACCAGUGACCCUGACCCAACGCUCUUAACCACUAGGCUACCUGCCGACAACGCAACAUGGAGUGCCUGGACACAGCCCUUAGCCGUGGUAUCCCAUAUAUCACAAACCCCUGACGUAAUUAGAGCAGUAAAAAUUAAUGUUUUGUAUAUGGUCUGAUAUAGCACGGAUGUCAGCCAAUCAGCAUUCAGGGCUCGACCACCCAGUUUAUCAUUAUUAUUACAGACCUACCAUAACAUUUUUAUAUAAUGGAGCCGGCAGUAAUAACCAUGUACAUACAAUUUAUAAUCCAGCAUAUUAUAAAUACAUACCCUUUAAAGAGUUGACAACAUAGCUGCUACUCUCUGUUAUUAUCUAUGCAUAGCCACAUUAAUAACCCUACCUACAUGUACAUAAUUACCUCAAUUACCCCGGCACUGGUGCCCACAUAUUGACUCUGAACCGGUACCCACUGUAUAUAGCCCCGUUAUUGUUAUUUACUACUGCUCCUUAAUUGUUUGUUUUUCUUAUCUAUUACUUUUUUUGUAUUUUUCUUAAAGUAAGCAUUUCACUGUAAGGUCUACUACACCGGUUGUAUUCGGCGCAUGUGACAAAUAAAAAUAGAUUUGAUUUAA